UUAGAAAGCGAAUUAAAAGCGUGUAACCCUGUGUGAAUAUGCUUGAAAGUUGACCGAGAGGAUUUGCACAACAGAAACUUGACGUGUGGCCUGGACUGGAGGAUUUAGCCAGCUAAGCGAGCUAGCUGUUUGCUAGCGUGCGCUCGACAAACAAGUUUCUUUUUACUGUUCUGUCGAUUCUGGCACGUUAUUAUUAUUUUAUUUUAACCUGCUAAUUUACCCAAGCGGUACAUCCAAAGAAAUAAACCAACAAAUAGCCGUCACCCGCCCCGUGUGUUUGUCAACAGUGGUUCUCCGUGAGGUGGCUAGCAGUGUUAGCUUGUGUGUUUGAGCGUACACGUUGGACUCGUUCCUCCGCCCAUCUUCGGGAUGUCUAUUGUUAUUUUUGUUUACUUGUUGGCCCACGCCGCACAAGAAAACCGAGCUCUUGAAGGCAUUUCUUGUCUCAUUUGACCAGCCCUCGCCGAGGAUUAUUCUGUACUUUGUCCGGAAUUGUGCUGAAAUACCCGAAGUCAGUGAUGCGGAUCCGUACUGCCUGUUUGGGUUUGUUUGUGGCCGCUGUCUGCUUUGUAGUGAGCUGUCACCGAGCCAGCGGAGAGAUUUGUUCAAGCAAGGACAUCCGGAACAGUGUGACCAACCUGCAAGUUCUAGAGAACUGCACCGUGAUUGAGGGCCACCUAAAAAUCUUACUUAUGUUCAAGACCAAGACUGAGCAUUUCCGAGGCCUCAGUUUUCCCAAGUUAACAGUGGUUACUGACUACCUGUUACUCUUCAGAGUUUACGGCUUGGAAAGCCUCAGUGAUCUUUUCCCAAACCUAACCGUCAUCAGAGGCAACAACCUUUUCUUCAACUAUGCCUUGGUGGUGUUUGAGAUGCUUCAGCUGCGAGAGAUUGGACUCCAUAGUCUGAUGAAUAUCACCCGAGGAGCUGUGAGAAUUGAGAAGAACCCAGACCUCUGCUAUCUCUCAACUCUUGACUGGUCAAAGAUCCUGGACUCAGUAGAGGAUAACUAUAUUGUGGCAAACAAGAACGACAGAGAAUGUGGCGAUGUGUGCCCAGGAGCAGCUGUCGGCAAGACCACCUGUCAGACCACCACCAUCAACGGACACUUUAGCGAACGUUGCUGGACGCAGAAGCACUGCCAGAGAAUGUGCCCUGUGCAGUGUAAACACCGAGCGUGCACCAAGGAUGACCAGUGCUGCCAUGACCAGUGUCUGGGUGGUUGUCUAAAGCCCAGCUCGGCUAGUCACUGCAUAGCGUGCCGCGGCCUCCAGCACCACGCCACCUGUGUGGAGCAUUGCCCCGAACACCACUACACCUUCAAAGGCUGGCGCUGCGUCUCUUUUGCAUUCUGCCAGGAGCUCCACAACAAAUGCAAGCGAGAGAAAGAGCGCAGCAAGAGCGCUGACUGCCACGAGUACGUCAUCCAUAGUGGUGCCUGCAUCCCUGAGUGUCCCUCUGGUUACACAACUGUCAACUCUUCAACGCUUAUUUGCACGCCAUGUGCAGGGCUGUGCCCAAAGGUCUGCAUGGGGAAGAAAAUUGUGGACUCUGUGACAGCUGCCCAGGCCCUGAGAGGCUGCACUGUUCUCAAUGGAAGCCUGGUCAUCAACCUGCGUGGAGGAAACAACAUAGCAGCUGAGCUGGAGGCCAGCCUGGGCCAGCUGGAGGAAAUCACUGGCUACCUGACAGUGCGCCGUUCCUACGCCCUUGUGUCCCUCUCUUUUCUCCGCAAGCUCCGUGUUAUUCGUGGAGAGGAGCAGGAAGUCGGGAAUUACUCCUUCUACGCACUUGACAACCAAAACUUGCGGCAGCUGUGGGACUGGUCCAAACACAAGCUGACCAUCCUGAAGGGUCGCAUGUUCUUCCACUAUAAUUCCAAGCUCUGCAUGACAGAGAUACACAAGAUGGAGGAGGUCACUGGGACAAAGGAGCGGCAGCUCAAGGCCGACAUUACCUCCAAGACCAAUGGAGACCAGGCCUCAUGUGAGAACCAGGUCUUGAAGUUUACCCAGACCCGAACCAUGAGUGAUAAAAUAAUGAUCAGAUGGGAAGCCUUCUGGCCCCCAGACUUUAGAGAUCUGCUGGGCUUCAUGGUGCUCUACAAAGAAGCACCAUUUCAGAACGUAACCGAGUUUGACGGGCAGGAUGCCUGCGGCUCCAACAGCUGGGUGAUCGCUGACGUGGACCCUCCGCCUCGAGCCACUGAGGGGGACAAAGAACAGAUUGAACCGGGUCAUCUCAUCAUGCCACUGAAGCCGUGGACACAGUACGCAAUCAUGGUAAAGACCCAGCUGUCUGCUUCUGACGAGCACCAGGCCCACGGAGCCAAGAGCGAAAUCAUCUACGUGCGCACCAACGCCACCAAGCCUUCAGUUCCACUGGACCCCAUUUCCUCAUCCAACUCAUCCUCCCAGAUCAUCCUCAAGUGGAAACCUCCCAACGACCCCAACGGAAACAUCACUCACUACCUGGUCUUCUGCCAGCGUCAGCCCGAAGCCGGUGAAUUGUACAAGUUUGACUACUGUCAAAAAGGGAUGAAAUUGCCGUCACGGGCGCCGACUCAGGUGGACAGUGAUGACGAACAGAAGUGGAACCAGACAGAAGAGCAGAACCAGGGGGCACGGUGCUGUGCCUGCCCCAAGACCGAUAAAGAACUCAAGAAGGAAAAAGAAGACUCUGAAUACAGAAAGACUUUUGAGAAUUACCUCCACAAUGAAGUCUUUACAAUCAAACCCUCGCGUCAGCGGCGUUCUGUCGUGGGCAUCGCCAACCGCACUCGUUCCUUCCUCACUCCGACGCCGACCCUGCCUGGGGGCACACGCAUCCCUGAAGACAAUGAAGAUGAGAAUCUUGAGAGCACUAAAACCGUGGUCACUGUCCAUGCCAAGGAGUCCACUGUCAUCUCCAACUUGCGCCACUUCACCAGCUACCAGAUCGAGAUCCACGCCUGCAACCACCCAACAGACCCGGCCCGCUGCAGCAUGGCGGCGUAUGUCAGUGCACGCACAAUGCCUGAAGACAAAGCUGAUGACAUCGUGGGUCCUAUUAGCUGUGAGGUAUCAGACUACACAGUGCAUGUCACGUGGCCUGAGCCCAUUGCUCCCAAUGGCAUGAUCAUCCUCUACGAGCUCAGCUACAAGAGACUAGCCGACACUGAGGAGCUGCACCACUGUGUGUCCCGAAAUGCGUACAAAAACUCCCGUGGCUGCAGGUUGAGAGUGGUGCAUUCUGGGAACUACACAGUACGGAUUCGGGCUACCUCGCUGGCAGGCAAUGGCUCCUGGACGGAGGCCACUUACUUUUAUGUCCAAGAUGCAGGAGAUCCUUUAAACAUGCUGAAGAUCGUGAUUGGACCCGUCAUCUGCAUUGUCCUCCUGCUUUUUGUGGCUGUGGCAGGAUUCAUCAUGCUCAAGAAGAAACAAACGCAAGGCCCGAGCGGUCCUAUCUACGCCUCGUCCAACCCAGAGUACCUCAGUGCUAAUGACGUGUACGAGGAAGAUGAGUGGGAGGUGCCCAGGGAGAAGAUUGUUAUUUUGAGGGAGUUGGGUCAGGGUUCCUUUGGCAUGGUCUACGAGGGAAUCUCCAAGGACAUCGUCAAGGGCGAGGCAGAAACACGCGUGGCGGUGAAAACGGUCAAUGAGUCGGCCAGCCUGAGGGAAAGAAUUGAGUUCCUGAACGAGGCCUCGGUCAUGAAAGCUUUCAGCUGUCACCAUGUGGUCCGUCUGCUGGGUGUCGUGUCAAAGGGCCAGCCAACCCUGGUGGUGAUGGAGCUGAUGACGCACGGAGACCUGAAGAGUUACCUGCGCUCUCUCCGACCCGAUGCUGAGAACAACCCUGGGCGUCCACCGCCAACGCUGAAGGAGAUGAUACAAAUGGCUGCUGAGAUCGCAGACGGUAUGGCUUACCUCAACGCCAAGAAGUUUGUGCACAGAGACCUGGCAGCCAGGAACUGCAUGGUGGCUCACGAUCUUACCGUCAAAAUAGGAGACUUUGGCAUGACGAGGGACAUCUAUGAGACCGACUACUACAGGAAGGGAGGGAAGGGUCUGCUUCCCGUUCGGUGGAUGGCACCUGAAUCUCUGAAGGACGGCGUCUUUACAGCACACUCAGACUGCUGGUCCUUCGGGGUUGUUCUGUGGGAGAUCAGCACGCUAGCCGAACAGCCGUACCAGGGCCUGUCCAAUGAGCAGGUUCUCAAGUUUGUCAUGGAUGGAGGCUACCUGGACCGGCCAGACAACUGUGCUGACAGGCUACACAACCUGAUGCAGAUGUGCUGGCAGUACAACCCCAAGAUGCGGCCCCCCUUCCAGGAGAUCAUUGAGAUGCUGCGAGAGGACCUGCAUCCUUCCUUCCAGGAGGUCUCCUUCUUUUACAGUGAAGAGAACAAACCCCCUGAGAGCGAAGACUUUGACCUGGACAUGGAAAACAUGGAGAGCAUCCCUCUGGACCCGUCGUCCUACUCCCAAAGGGAGCAGUGUUUGGAAAGGGAUGAGUCCCCCUCGGUGGGCCUGAGGGGCAGUUAUGAAGAGCACCACCUCUCGUUCACGCACAUGAACGGGGGAAAGACCAAUGGACGAAUACUUGGCCUACCACGGUCCAGCCCCUCCUAACAUACUGUCUACAUCCCAAAUGCACAUGUAGAUCCUAUAGAUUUAACUCUAUUUUUGUUUUUGUCUUCUUUUUUUAUAGAGAUCACACUUUUAUCAUCGUCUCUUCAGAGGCUCCUCAGUGCAUAUCUCAGGACCUUAUUUUUCUCCUCAGAUGCCACACAAACACACUCAAAACAACACUACAGUCAGUCCACAAAUGGACACCAGAAGACACUUUUUUUUUUUUUGUAUUUAAGGACGAAACCUCCUGCGUCUCUCUUUUGUUCACGAUUGUAGUUUAUAUACUGUAUAUAUGUUGCCAACAUUGUGCGAAGCCUGAGUGAAUAAUGGAAUCAACUGUGAAACAAACUUUACAAACAAGAAGGCUGCUAAACUCACUCACUGUCCCUUCCUGUGUCCAGACUCUGUCCCCCUCCCAGGCGGCAUCAAGAGAGUUAAUUUCUGGGUUGCUACAUUGUUUUUUGUUUUUGGGAAAAGUGCCCUUCUAGUUUGUCUGCUGCCAACAACACACAUCGUGGAACUGUGUCUGAAUCUGGCUGCUCACGUGGUAAAAGAACGACAAACUGAAAGUCUUGGAACUCGAACAAACUUUAAUCCGCUGGAGAAGCUGGUUGAAGUGGCUUACCUCCUCAAACUCUGCAGUAUUCCAUAAUGGCACACAGGAUAAACAUGGGAUUUUUGUUGCUUGGUUCAGUUUUUUUUUUAAUUUAUUUACAUGUCUGUUUUUGUUUUCCUUCUUUUGGAGUUUUCACAUAUACAGCUGAAGGAUAUUUAAAAUGUUUUCAAAAACAUGGUGAUGGUGAACGAGUUCCUCAGAUUGACCAAUAGCUGCUUCUUUGGUAUAUUUUAGUGGGUAUAGAAGAUUUUAUAUAUAUAUAUAUAUAUAUAUAUAUAUAUAUAUAUAUAAAAGUAUAAAUAUAUUAUUGUUUCUGUAAAUAAUUGACAUGCUGUCAUUCUUGAGGUAUUUUCUGUCAUAGAAAAUGUUUUUACAUGUUUAGUGUCUUACGUUUUUGUUUUCUAAUCCAGAAAAAUCAUACUAAUUUGCAUUUUGGACUCAUGAUCAACAAACAAGCACUUGAUCUUUUUUGCUAUACGAUGCCCGGGAGGAGGAUCAUUUGGUGUCUUCAGCUUGAAAUGUCUGCCCAUCAUAUCGAGAUCAAAUAAAACUUAGUGCUGUAAAUAUUGCAGCAAGAUGCA